AUGUCAAAUAACGCAAUACCCACUUCAUACUCCAGCGAUCAAGUCUCACAUAUAAGCUGUGUUUACGCCAUCUCAGGAUCCUAUGGAUUACUGCCUCGCCUGUUGUACUACGUCACGCUCGUUUUAGCCAUCUUUGGGAGAAGUAAAGAAUGGCUUAUCAUCGGCGCGCUCGUCAGCGCGUUGACUUAUGCUGGUACGGCGUCGAUUCAUAUGAUGGCACUUUGCUCUAGUAAAUCCGGGGUGUUUGACUUGGACAUUAUGGCUGCAUGGGCCAUCCUCAGCACCGGCGCUUUGGGAUAUAUCGGCAUGAUCCAUUGGAGUUCAACCCUGAGAUAUUCCAAUGCGAAGUGGAUAAUGAUAUGCUGGGGCAUGUUGGUGGGCAUAGGCUUGAUUUUCGGCCGCGCUGUUCUCUUCGACUCGCCCAAGCCGGAAGCUGAGCCCUCUUGUUACUCGACUUCAGGCAAGCUUCUGGAAUAUCCCAUUGAGCUCAUCAGCCCAGAGUUCAAGUGCACGUACAAGUGUUUCUCGAUCUCGAAACCAAUGCGCCAUACGUCGGAGAUUAUGGCGGUGCCUUCCCAACUGUUGAACAAUACAUACACGGGUUUGGCGCUUGUUCUCGUGGGACCGAUUCAGUUUGCGGCAUAUGCUGCACUGAGCCUUGACACCCAACAGCACAAUCCCUCACAAUUGUGUCAAAGGGCCGUCAUGAAGUAUCUGAUACACCCUGGACAUAAGGACCAGCUCACCAAGACGGUCUAUCACGCGUCUUCGGAUGGCUGGUAUGGAGGCUAUUUCGCCCUCUUGAGCUACCUUGGGAGGACAGAGUGGACGGUUAAGAAGACUUUGAUCUGUUCUAUUACUGUGCCAUGGCUUUUUCUGACUUUCUUGAUUGACGUUUUCUGUCUUCCGAUGAUGGUCACUAAUAUCAUACUAAACGAGAUCACCCUUCUGCAGGGUGACAUUCCAACGAAUGAAUCCAACAUCAAUGUUGGUCAGUGGGGAGCCGUCGUCAACUCUUUGCUUGUUGUCAUUGCUGCAUGCAUGGGCAAGCUCAUAGAGAUGCGACAGAACUCUCAGAAAGCAAAGGUUCUACGGCUGGAGCAGCCUCACGGUACUGUGACGGAGGUGCCUUCCGAUUUGGAGCAGGGAUUCCUGGAGGAACAGGUGACGGGCGUGGUAAAACCAAAACUUGCACACGUUCCGACCUUACAGGAUAUGGAACACUGGAUAAAAAAGUCAAAGGGGUAA